UUUCUGGAUCUAUUCGACGCCGAUGAGUAUGUGGACUGCAGGAAAGAUAAUCAUUUUUACCCUUUUGCAUCGAGGAAUGAGUGGGAAGUCACUGGUUUUCUGCUUCAGUCCUUGCUCAGCAUGGCAGCAAUCAAUGAAUUUUUGGCACUCUCAAUGAUUCAGGAACUAAACCUAUCUUUUAAGAACACUAAAGAAUUACGAAGCUGUGCUGAGAUGCUCCCCAAGGGACCGAGCUGGAAGUGCCAAAUCAUUACCUCACUUCACAGCACGAAACACCUGAUCCGACUAUUCUGGAGGGAUCCUGUCAAAUGCUUAGAGAGUCUGUUCAGUAACCCCCUCUUCCAUGACAAGCUCAACUUUGUCCCUUGUCGUGUUUACACUGCUGCAGGGUGGCUUCUGCAUGUAUAUUCGGAGUGGCUGACGGGUGAUUCUGCUUGGGACAUCCAG